GGCGCAGUGCCCUGCGGAGCCUUUGUGCUGCCCGACGUGGUGGGCCUCGGCGGGACACUGGGGGCCCGUGAGUGACCGCAGCACCCUGUGGCUCGAUGCCUGCGAUGCGGUAUCGUUGGACGGCCAGCGCGGCUGCCGUACCGCACAGUGCGAUGGCGACGGCGCCACGCCGAACACGGACGGUCUGGCACUUGUGACCUUUGACGGCGCCGAGGACGCCAAG